CUAUCAUCUCUCUCUCUCUCUAAACGCUCUCUCUCUCUAUAAAAAAACACGAAGAAGAAGAAGAGACAAAGGAAGAAGAAACUCAAAAACUCUCGAGUAUCUUCUUCUUCUUCUUCUUCUUGUUUUCUAAACAUACUUCACCGAUCAGUUUCUUUAUUUGGGUUUUCUUUCUUUUGGAUUCUAAACUAAAAAAAGAAAGAAAGAAGAGAAACAAUGGCAGCUAUUAAUGGGUAUACUCCGGUGGCUGCUCCGGCAGGGACUACCCCAUCAAAACAGACUGUCCCAUCGGCAAAGACUGUUGAUACACAAUCCGUGCUUAAACGGUUGCAAUCUGAACUGAUGGCGUUGAUGAUGAGUGGAGAAUCUGGGAUAUCUGCCUUCCCUGAAGGGGACAACAUAUUUUGCUGGAAAGGAACAAUCACAGGAAGCAAAGACACUGUUUUUGAAGGAACAGAUUACAAACUAUCCCUUUCCUUCCCUAAUGACUAUCCUUUCAAGCCACCAAAGGUCAAGUUUGAAACCAGCUGCUUCCAUCCCAAUGUGGAUGUCUAUGGCAACAUUUGCUUGGAUAUUCUUCAGGAUAAAUGGUCAUCUGCCUAUGAUGUGAGGACAAUAUUGCUAUCAAUCCAAAGUCUGCUUGGAGAGCCAAACAUAAGUUCACCUCUAAACACUCAAGCAGCACAACUUUGGAGCAAUCAAGAAGAAUACAGGAAAAUGGUGGAGAAGGUGUACAAGCCUCCUAGUGCUGCAUAGAAGGAAGAGAAGGGGUCCAAAAUGAGUUGGUUACUUUAUUGUUUGACGGGUGUGGUGUGGUGUGGUGUGACUGACUUCAAUGGAUUAAUGAAUUAAUGAAUUCUCAAAUUUGUUUUUCC